CGACGAGAACAAAACAGACGCUUCCGUUUGUCGGCAGCGCGCGUGCGAACGUGAGACGUUCGUCCUAAACCUGUGACCAAACGGCCACCUCUCGCUGUUCAAACGCGUUCCUCGCGGCUCGUUCCUCUCAGCGGCGGACAUGGUGAAGCUGACGGCGGAGCUCAUCGAGCAGGCGGCGCAGUACACGAACCCUGUGCGGGACCGAGAGCUCGACCUGCGCGGCUAUAAGAUCCCCGUGCUGGAGAACCUGGGCGCCACGCUCGAUCAGUUCGAUACCGUCGAUCUGUCCGAUAACGAGAUCAGAAAACUGGAUGGCUUUCCUCUGCUGAAGAGACUCAAAACGCUGCUUCUGAACAACAACCGGAUCUGUCGAAUCGGAGAGAACCUGGAGCAGUCUUUGCCCGACCUGAGGGAGCUCGUCCUCACGAGCAACAGCAUUCAGGAGCUGGGUGACUUGGAUCCUCUCGCGACCGUGAAAUCGCUGACCCUCCUCAGCCUCCUCAGAAAUCCAGUGACCAACAAGAAACAUUACAGAUUAUACGUCAUCAAUAAAAUCCCACAGAUCCGCGUUCUGGACUUCCAGAAGGUCAAACUGAAGGAACGGCAGGAGGCGGAAAAAAUGUUCAAAGGCAAACGAGGUGCUCAGCUUGCAAAGGAUAUUGCCAAGCAAACCAAAACGUUUACUCCAGGAGCAGCGCUUCAGACUGAGAAGAAGACCGGCCCAUCGGCUGCAGAUGUGGAGGCCAUCAAGAAUGCUAUCGCUAAUGCCACGUCUCUGGCCGAAGUGGAGCGGCUGAAGGGACUCCUGCAGUCCGGACAGAUCCCGGGCCGAGAGCCGCGAUCAGGAGCGUCCGACGUGGAGGAAGAGGAGGAGGUCCAGGAGGAGAUGCAGGAGGCCGUGCCCAUGUACGAGGACAUGCAGGGAGCGGAGGGAGAACACGGGGAAGACGACGACGACGACGGCAUGCAGGAAGACAUGCAUAUGAACGGAUCUUAGAUGUGUUCGCCCGUUAUCGAUGUUUCGGAUUCGUUCGUGCUUUUUGACGCUGUGUUUGACAGCGCUUGUUUUUUUUUGUACAUUAAACGAUUGUUUUUUUUU